AUGUCUCACAGCGAAUGGGCACUUGCCAUUAUGACUUCUCUCUGGUGGUCUAGUCAGUCAUCGCAGUUCGUUGCGCUCCUCAUAGCGGCUGUCGCUGCCCACGUCUAUCUCCGCCGGCGUGCUCGACGACAGAGUCUUCCACCUGGACCAAACGGAGUGCCAUUUCUCGGUAACAUCUUUCAGAUAACGCCCACCAUCUGGCUUGAGUUCACGAAAUGGCAGAAGGAAUAUGGCGAUAUUUUCUACGUCAACUUACUCGGUAGAGAUGUUGUAGUCUUGAACACUCACAGAACGGCCACGGACCUACUCGACCGGCGCUCACGCAUAUAUUCGGACAGGAUGCGAAAUAUUGUGGCCUCAGAGAUCUUGACCGGUGGCCUGUUGAUGGUCCUCGGCCGCUGGGAUGAUCAAUGGAAGAGGAUGAAGAAGGCGGCACAUGACGGCAUGACAAGAACGAAAGCGCGGCAGCUACACCCUACACAAAUCACAGAGGCUUUGUUUUUAUUAAGCGACCUCCUUGAGACUCCCGAUGCGUGGGGAGCGCAUGUUCGCAAAUCUACCUCUUUGUUGAUCUUCAACCUCGUUUACGGUCAUUCUACCCAGAAUUCUGUUGCUCUUUCGGCAGUGCCUCGUAUAAAUCAAUUUGCCACUCGUCUUCUGCGGGCAUUAUAUCCUGGUGCUCAUCUGGUAGAGUUCUUCCCAUGGAUGAUCUACUUUCCUAGCUGGAUGGCAAAGUGGAAGCGCGACGCUGAGCGGUGGUUCAAAGAAGAUUCCGCAAUGUAUGAAGAGCUUUAUUCAGGUGUCGAAGCUCAAGUGGCCGAAGGCGGGGUUCCCAGUAGCUUUGCGUCAUUGAUAAUUGAACAACAGCACGUGCAUCGACUGAGCCAUCUACAGGCGUCGUGGCUGGCCGGUACGAUGUACGCCGCUGGUGCCGAAACGACUUCCGCAGUUCUCGCAUGGUUCAUCCUUGCGAUGGUUAUUUAUCCUGAUGUUCAGCGUCGAGCACAGGAAGAGAUUGAUGUAGUCGUUGGACGAACACGCGUGCCAACUUUCGAGGAUUACAAUCGAAUGCCAUACAUUCGCGCCGUCGUCAAAGAAGCCCUCCGAUGGCAGCCAGCAGCACCUUUGGGUACCCCGCACAGGCUUAUAGAGGACGACUGGUACGAAGGAUACCUUAUACCGAAAGGUGCCAUGGUCAUUCCGAAUGUGUGGUCUAUGAACCGCGAUCCUAACGUGUACGGGCCUGACGCCCAUGAGUUCAAUCCUAGUCGACAUCUAACAUCCGACGGGAGGUUUGCAAAAGCUCCUGACCAUACAAAACAAGAAGGUCAUGCUAGCUAUGGGUUCGGGCACCGACUCUGCGUUGGGCGACACGUCGCAAACGACGCCAUCUUCAUCAACGCGGCUUCCAUUCUCUGGGCUUUUGUGCUCGAAGGUGUACCGGGUCCUGAUGGAUGUCCUGUGAUUCCAUCGCCUGAAGCCGUUGUUACGAGUGGCUCCGUAAUGCGACCGGCUUCGUUUAAAUGUUUGUUUAACCCUCGUUUUGAGGACGUUCCUGAUGUCCUUGAGGCUGCACAAGAGCUUCAUGGUAUAAGGCGUGGGGAUAGACCUUAG